AUGUGCAUAUUUAUAACGAGGCAUGACGGCAGUUUAAUCUCGGAGCGAUCGCGUUUGAUCAGAGACACGCCGGAAAUGGAGACAAAGUGGAGAGCGCUGCAAAGAGAAUACAUUAUCUGUGAGGAGGGCUGCGCGCGCGCCGCGCACGAUAAAUAUGAAGGCACGUCGGGAGCGCGUGCCUUGAGCUGUAUUAACAAGGUAAUUCAUACAUGCGGACACGAUCGUGAAUGUCGCGAAUAUAUCUCUACUGCCUUGUUCGAGGAGUUUACAGGGCAGUUAUGA